AUGCUUUGGAUCAUCGACGAGCUGUAUACAGCUUUGACUGGAUGCUUAUUGUCGUCAUGUCCCGUACGUCAUAGAUACCACCAUUGCUGUCACCCCACCGCCUUCCAUCAAGAAAGUAUCUACACCCCUUUUUCUUGCUCAUCAAGGUUCAAUCACAUACCGAGCAUCGAACACAGCAGAGACACGUCAAAGUCUCGAAGGCAUCGGCUCAUUGACGGAUUCGACGGAACUUAG